UGUUACAACUUUUUUCUUGGAUUUUUCAGGCUUCAAUUUCCAAAUUUGAACCUUUUGAGCAGGUUGUUGCUCCAUCUAUGUCCAAAUUAAAUUGUUGUUAGACUAUAUUAACUAUGAGUAAAUUGCUUGAUUUGUCUGAUGAACUUCUCCUGAAAAUAUUUUCACAUCUUGAUGCUGCUGAUCUAAUUGAUGUUAAAUUGGUUUGUCAGCGGCUAAAUCGUCUGUGGUGUGACCGCACACUUUGGCUGGAGGCUGACUUCAGCCAACGACGCUUCAACCGAGCCCAGCUCUGCAAGGUUCUGUCGCCGGUACUGAAUUCAAUUUCUUCAUUUAGCAUCAGGGGUUUGAGAAAUACCAGCGGCAUUCACAGCAGAUCAAAACUCCUCACUCUACACACUCUAAGGCUGCUUGCUGAAAAUGCUCCAUUACUCAAGGAGUUCACUGUACGGGAGACUGUCAUCUGUGCAAAGCAAAUCACAGUCGAAAGCCUGUCCAUUUUCAAAAACUUGCAGUGUCUUGCAUUUAUCAAUUGUGAAUUUGUUAAUAAGCCCAAAACUAUGACUGACAGGUCCUGGUUUCGGAAACUAGAGAAAUGGUUACCACUUCUAACGAGCCUGCAUAUAAGUGGUACAACGUUCGUGGACGAUUAUGACAUUAUGGCUAUGGGUAAAUGCUCUAAACUCAGUAAGCUUAUACUCACAAAUUGUCCUAAAGUAGGAAUAGCCAUGCCUUAUUUAGCCAUAGCUUUCCGUUUUGGCCUUGGCCAUUUAAAAUACCUAGAUUUUCGUGGUACAAGUCUUGUAAACAGUGAUGUGCUGUCAAUCCUUCAGAAUGGUAACAUUCAGGAGCUUUACUUGGGACCAAUGGGCGCCGUCAAACGUCAGAGAUUGUCCCCUGAAAACCGACAUAAUCUCAUUAUGGCUGACCCUCAUCGAGAAGACCCUCCUCAUCAACAGGUUCUUGUGGUCAACAUGGGUCCUGAUGGGCCAAACUGGCGGCAGGUGCGCGAUGAUGAAUUGGAUGGCUUAGGACUGCAGUGGGUCAGACAGCGAAAUGAGGAGCGACAGAGAAUGAGGGAAGAGCAGGAAGACGAGCAUUACUUCAUUGGUGAGAACGGUCAUCUGUUGCAGCAGCAACCUUUGGCAUCUAUUGCAGAGGAAGCCUCAAGCUCGAAGUCAUCGUCAGGUCUAAAGAGAAAAAACAUGGACGAUGGUGAGGUUGAAGGAAGACCUUCUAAAAGGGCACGAAUCAAUAGUGAUGGCACUUGUGGAGACAGCAACCGCGCUGAUGCAGAUGAUUCGGAUGCUAUCCCUGCCUCCGAGUUCCGACUUUCUCGUGACGUUCUCAGCUUAGGGUGUGUUCAUGAACUUGCAAACAAUUUCGAGCCUGACGACGGCUUAUCUGACCAACUUAUACCUAACCUGGUUAGUAAAGGAAGCAACCUGAAAACCUUACAUUUAGCGGGCUGUGCUAUAUCAGACGAUGGUUUAACUUGCCUCAUGUCGUGCCUACACAACCUCAGAUCCGUCAAUAUCAUGUACAGUUUGGUGACCCAGCAAAGACUUGAGGAACUCAGGAACACCUACAAGAAUUGUGUUAUCAGCGAUGUUAGACCUGCACAGGGAGAUCCGCGAGACUGCACUAUAUUCUGUUCAAAUUAGGAGCUGUGUCUCAGCGUAUCAAAGUUGAUAUGGUUGCUGUGAUCCUCAUUUUUCUUGAAGCCUGUCUUGAGAACCUUUUCUGCCUCAUAACUCUUUUUGAAAGGUGUAAUGAUUCAGUGACUACCGAUGACGUGACGCCGGUGCAUUGUAAGCGAGCUAUGUAUAAAAUAUAUCCCUCGUUUAUGUUCUCUUCAAAUCGCCAUCCCGUAGGAUUUCUGAGAAUUUUGGUGGUUUCCUGUAUACAUAGUUUAGUAUUGUAGACCAAGGAAUUUUCCUGCGCGUUCAUUUUUAAUAAUGAUACAUUUUAACUGUCUAUCGAAAAACAUUUUUCAAUAUUUGGGCAUCGUUUGGGGCCUGGACGCGGCUUUUUGCUUUAUUUUUACUUAGUAAGUGUUCAUCUCAGGGACUAACUUUCCGGCACUCGUAUUCAUCUUCUGAAUGUUGUGUAUAUUGUCAAGAAUCUCUGCCCCGUAUUCGCCAAGACUGAAGCGAGUUUCGCAUAAAGCAAGCAACACGCUUUAUGCCACCUCGACCGAGAUAUUCCAAUUCAUAGCACAUCACUUAGACCAGCAAUAACUGUAACUAUCGUUCUGUCGUGUCACAGACGGCAUUCCGCAAAAGAGAAUUAGGAAUAGAAACUUAGGGAGGAUUUUUUUUAAGUCGACUCGUGCAAGUGACACCUUACGAGAGCCGCCCAGUUAUGAGUGAAGCAGGAGGAAAAAUGUCAUAGAACAACGAGCAUGAAUAGCUACAAAAAUGCUUUCAUUGUUUAAUUAGACUUUACAGUAAUUGAAAUGCUUAGUAUAUAAUUUUUACUGAGAAUCUCUCGACUUUAUGACACCAUUUUCUUUUAAUUACGUUAAAGGUCAUUUUCGAUCAUUACCUCGUGCAGGCGAAUCACUCGUGAAAGUGCUAAAAUAUAUAAAUAAUAUGCUUCAUGAUUUUGGCAGUAAGAAUUAAGUUUUUAAUUUUCAUGUUCGCUAAUAACUUCGUGCGCGUGCUUGGAAGUCGCGUGUCACUCAUUUUUUGUGAUAGUUUAGUCAUUGAUUUGUAGACAGGUAUUGGUUUUGGAAUCAUUACUUACGCAACUUGAAUCUAAAGUAAAAAGAGUAUUAUUGUUAUCAUCAAACUCAAGUAUUUCUAUUUGGUGACAUUUUCUUCUAUUUUUUUCCUGAACAUCGUGGCAAAUAUUGUAAUUAAUGAUUUACAGUAAUUUGUAUCCAACCUUAGUAUCUUUGAAGUCAAUUAAGGACCCCCGACAUUCUUGAAAUUGCAUGACACUGUGAAUAAUUUAAAGAAAUGUUAUUUGGAGCCGUAGAAAAUGAUCAAAUCAUCGUUUUGUUAUAGAAAUUUGUGGAAAAACAGACGUUUCGUUUCCUUAUGGUUAUUAAAGCCUGUUUCCAAUGUCUGCCGAUGGAAUGUUGCGCACUUAUUUGAAAUUCGAUUAGGUAUCGAAGCUACAAAUGAUCAAAAUUCAUUCGUUUACGAACAUGAUUAGUUUGCAAUCGAUGGUUAAAUGUGAGUACAGGAUUUUUGAAUUUAAUUUAGGGAAUAUAACUAAUUUCUUCGAUCAUUCAAAUAUAAUUUAUACCAAUGUAAACCGUGCAGGUAUUUAAGAGUCUUUUAUUGCUUGCCUGCCUGCCUGCGGAAGAGCGUCCCGUGCUCAGCGUUAUGCACGAGUGCGUAUGACAGGCUUUAUUUUUGGCAAUACUGUUAACUCCUUGCUGCUCAACGGUUUCCGCUGAUUCCUGUUUAUUUGUUAAAUUUAAACCGAAUUCGUAUCCUGCUCUUCUGGCUGCAAUAACAUUGUCAAAAUAUUACUCUAGUCUCCCGUCUCUCUCUUUUCUAUGACUAUACUGAAAGUUUUUUUUCAAAACCUAAAAUGAAAACUGAAUUGUGUAUUGGUCGUCAAAUAAAUUUUUGGUAAACGUAA